CCCUACGUGGCAAACAUCGUAACCUCUAUAACGAUUAGAUGUAAUCCCGAUGCUUAUUUUUGCGUGUUUAGUGGUGUUCAGGGCGUUGUUGCAGGUAGCUGUAAGGCGCGUGGCACCUAUUAUACCGUUCCUUGUGACGCGCAACUCGCGCGACGUCCUGGAGUAUAUCGCCCUGCGGGAUAUCGGCUACUUACACAAGUAUGAAGCUGGUAAUUCAUUUAUAUACUCACUGGUGUACUGGCUGUCAUCAAAGGUACCUAAUGUGGACACCCUGGACUUAACGCGAAUCGUUAUAUACCUAACUGACAUUGUCUCCGCAUGGUUCUGGUACAUGACAUUACGUUUACUGCCAGAUUCUAAUCUCGAUAAGAACAAGCAUGCAGAAGGCUAUGGCUUUCAGACUAAGCUGCCAUGGCUCAUAGCUGGACUGCAUCUGCUGAAUCCCAUAUCGGUAAUCUAUAAUGAAGCUGCUAAUCCCGAUGGAGUGGGUUACUUCUGGGUAUCAUUUGCCGUGUUGGCUGCGGUGCUACUGAACGCCCUCAAGAGGCCCAGCCUACUGGCGUACGUGUUGUACCAGGUAGCCGCCACAGGGCUACUGGUGAACAACUCGUUCAAGAUGUAUGCGGUACUGCCGGUAUUGACCAUGUUGGCCGUGCACGUACGGUUUAGAUUCAGCCACAAGCGUUCAGUGACGUACAGUGACCUCUGCCAAAUGUGCAGAUACAUUGUACCGCACAUGGUGGUUACACUGCUGCUGGCACUGUGCUACUAUAGCCUCAGCGGACUGGGUGAGCUAAAACGACACCUGGUUGAUCAAUACACUGGACGCGGUACCGGGAUUGACUACUCACUCUACUGGUACAUCCACCGGGUGGUGCCGGGAGUGUUCAUAGCUGGUAACAUAUUCAAGUUACACAUGAUGCUGUUUUGCCUGCCGAUGCCGCUGAUGGUGGUAUUGCGGCAUAGGCCCCUGGAGGCCGUCAUCAUUGCAACCGUUAUCAACAUCGUGCAAUCGCCCAGCCUAUCGUUGCUGGGAUUGUGGUACAUCGUGUCAUUGCUUGCACUGCACUACCCACUCAUGGACAAGGCAUUCGGGUUCACUAAGAUGGCCACCGUGAUGUUUGGAGCCAUGAUAUUCUCAGUGGUGGCCUAUGUAGUUUGGGUUGGCAGGUAUAUAGCCAACCCAAACUACUUCUUCGCGCCUCAGCUGGCCAUACUGGCCACAUUAUGCAUGGUACUGGAAGACUAUACGUGCGCCACAACGCAACUGGCCAACUCAGCGAUGGCACAUGAAAAGAAACAUUAGAUGCCGUGGAUAGAUAAUAUAAUUGUACC